AGUGUGAAGCUAAUCAAAGCUAAAGUACAAGUAAAUGAACACUAUUUAACCCAAAACAAAAGAGAAGAUGCUAUAACAAGACACAACGGAGAGAAUUCCAAUGGGAUGUUCUUUCUUUCUCUUGGGAAUAAGUUCCUUACAUCUCAAAAAGUGGUUGAUGCAAAAGAGCAGCCUUAUAAAUGUUUUGAAUAUGGAAAAUGUUUUAGAACAAGCAGACAAGUUAGUAUCCGUAAAAGGAUUCACACAGGGAAGAAACUAUAUAAAUGCAUGGAGUGUGGAAAGACCUUUGCCCAAAGAGGUAAUCUUAUUUCCCAUAAGAAGAUCCACACAGGGGAGAAGCCAUAUAAAUGCAUGGAGUGUGGAAAGACCUUUGCUCUCAGCAGUAAACUUGAAAUUCACAAAAAGAUCCAUACUGGAGAAAAGCCAUUUAAGUGCCUGGAAUGUGGAAAGAUCUUUGCUCUCAGCAGUAAACUUGGUAUUCACAAAAAGAUUCACACAGGAGAGAAGCCGUUUAAAUGCAUGGAGUGUGGAAAGACGUUUAAUCGUGGCAGUAAUCUUAAAAGGCACAAAAAGAUCCACACAGGAGAGAAACCAUUUAAAUGCAUGGAGUGUGGAAAGAACUUUGCUCAUAGCAAUACACUUACAAUUCAUGAAAAGAUCCACACAGGAGGGAAGCCAUAUAAAUGCAUGGAGUGGGAGAAGCCGUAUAAGUGCAUGGAGUGUGGAAAGACCUUUGCUCAAAGCAGUACACUUACUAUCCAUGAAAGGAUCCACACAGGGGAGAAACUGUAUAAGUUCAUGGAGUGUGGAAAAACCUUUGCUCGUAGCAGUACAUUUACUAUCCAUGAAAGGAUCCACACAGGGGAGAAGCCGUAUAAGUGCAUGGAUUGUGGAAAGACCUUUGCUCGUAGCAGUACAUUUACUAUCCAUGAAAGGAUCCACAGAGGGGAGAAGCCGUAUAAGUGCAUGGAGUGUGGAAAGACAUUUACAAAUGGCAGUAAUCUUAAAAGGCACAAAAAGAUCCACACAGGAGAUAAACCAUAUAAAUGCAUGGAUGUGGAAAGAGUUUUGCUUAGAAUGGUCAUCUUAUUUCUCAUAAAAGGAUCCACACUCAGGAGAAACUGCAUAGCAAUAGCAAUUCCACUUAGACUUAUAUACCACUCCUGUGUGCUUAUUUUUGCGACCUCUGAAGGAUGAAAGACUGAAUCAACCAUGAGCUGGUCAGGAUCGAAAUCUUGGCUGUCGGCAAUUAGCCUGUAGUACUUCAUUCUAACCACUGACCUCCAUAUUCUCUAUAGAUUUGUAUGUGUAUAUAUAUUGUGCCUUUCUGAUCCCAAUGAGGCAAGGUUGAAUCCAACAAAAUGAAAAAACAAAAAAAGAUGUUUAGACUUUGGAGAAAGUGCAAAGAAGAGCAACUGAGAUGAUUAAAGGCCUGAAGGCUAAAACAUACGAAGAACCGUUUCAGGAUUUGGGGAUGGCUAGUCUACAGAAAAGGACUACGAUUGACAUGAUAGCAGUAUUCUAAUACUUGAGAGGCUGCCACAAAGAGGAGGGGGGCAAUUUAUAUUCCAAAACACCAGAGAGCAGGACAAGAAACAAUGCAUGUAAAAUAAUCAAGGAGAGAAGCAACCUCAAAUUAACGAGAAUCUUUCUUACAGUGAAGACAAUUAACCAGAGGAACAGCUUUCCUUCAGACAUUGUGGUUGCUUCAUCACUGGACUUUUUAAAGAAGAGACUGGAUAGUCACUUUUCUGAAAGAGAUCCUGUAGGAAUGUCAAUAGAUCCUGAAAUGGUAUAGGAUCUCCUGCUUGAGCCCAAAGUGCGAAUAGGGGCGCCUGCCGCUGAGGACUUGUACCGGGCUUAGGACUUCAGGCACCAGGGCUCCGUCAAUUCCUGGAUGGACAGAAGGAAAAAGUUGUGUCUCUGAGGGGGUCGUUAAAAA